UGAACAAUAAAAGAAUAAUUCUUACAAAACAGAUAAAAUAGACUCAAAAAUACUAUUUAAGGGAUUCAUCUAUAAGCCAGUGUGUUAGUAUUGACGUCUGGUACUCUGAGUUUAUGAGCACUUGUGAUUUGUGAAACAGAACUAAAUAACUAAUAUGUCGAAAAUUACGAUCGCAGUGUUAGUGCAGGUGGCCGUCUUUUUUGUAAUGCAGGUAUCCGUAGACUCCUGCAACGAUAAAAUCAUCAAAGAUAUGAUGGUGAGUAUUUGUGGAAUGAAUAUCAAACGCUCAUUUUCUGAUAACAGCAACCGCGGUUCGUUGUUCGGGUUAAAUUUAAGGGGAAUGUUGGGCGAUACCGAACGCGAUUUCAAACGCCUGGUCGAAGAUACCGUCGAAGCAGAUUGGCAACUGAAAAAAUCUUAUGAGCAUAAACCAAAAGAAUCAAAUGUUUCUCCACUGCAGCGUCCAAUUCACUUAUCGCGUUUCAAAGAUAGUUCUAGACACAUGAAAACACGUGAUGAUUCCGGAAAGGCUGUGGUUAUAAAACGGGAAAUAAUGAUGUCGUUAAAAGAGUGUUGCCUCAAUAAGAACUGUUCUAUUACAGAUUUCCGUCUUAUAUGCGAGAAAAAAUAAACAAUAUAAUCAAAAACAUUUUAACAUAAUAUACCUUGUUUUAUUAUUAAAUUAUGGGUAAUAAUUAUUAUCAGUAGUCAGUACGUAUACACAAAAAUACACUAAUAAUUAUUUGUAUUUUUUUAAAAUAUAUUAUAUUUUAAUGUUCCAUAUAAUGGAGCAAAUAUAUAAAUCGCCGUAAAAUCACAGACUUGUUUUUAUAAUAAUUUUUUAAAAAUCGUUAUUUAUAUUAUAUUCACCGACAAUCGUAUAUCGUGAACUAAAAUCGUGCAAACUUAACACAGGAACUAACGACUUAUCAUACUUAUAAAAAUUAAAUUAAAAUUAACACAGCAGAA